CGUGGAAUUGGGUAGGAGAGGGGCGCUCAGAUGAAAUUUUGUUGAUAAACCCCAGAAGGAGACGCCUGUUUCCUAGGUAAUUCCAGUCCAAUUCCUGACUUCUUCUUUCUUCAGCUGCAUCAUUUCCUCUGUUCCCCUGUUUGAAGCGGAGUGUUAUAGCUUCCUCUCGUCACCUUCACAACUCCAUCAACUCUGCCCUCUUCUUCUAUAACCAACUCCGUACCUUCUCACCCCGCAUUCGUGAUAUCUCCUGUCCACGAGAGUCAUAACUCACUCCGUGUCUUCAGUACUAUUUCAAAGUCAUCAACUCAGGGUGGUCAUAACAUCAAAAUGCCUGCUCCCGUGGGUAACCCCCAGACCCUCUACGAUAAGGUGUUCUCAGCACAUAUCGUCGACGAAAAGCUCGAUGGCACAAUUCUUCUCUAUAUCGACCGGCACUUGGUCCAUGAGGUGACAUCACCACAAGCCUUCGAGGGUCUCGAAAAUGCAGGCCGCAAAGUCCGAAGACCUGAUUGCACUCUCGCAACCACUGAUCACAAUGUCCCCACCACAUCCCGCAAAGCCCUGAAGGACAUUGCUUCAUUCAUCGAGGAGGACGAUUCGCGAACACAGUGUGUCACUCUGGAGGAGAAUGUCAAAAAGUUUGGUGUCACAUAUUUCGGCCUGGGCGACAAACGACAAGGUAUUGUCCACAUCAUUGGCCCCGAGCAGGGCUUCACUCUCCCCGGAACCACCGUCGUGUGCGGUGACAGCCAUACCUCAACACAUGGCGCCUUCGGUGCCCUUGCCUUUGGUAUCGGUACUAGCGAGGUUGAGCAUGUCUUGGCCACUCAGUGCCUCAUUACCAAGCGCAGCAAGAACAUGAGGAUACAGAUUGACGGUGAGCUGGCCCCUGGCGUCAGUUCCAAGGACGUCGUCCUCCACGCCAUCGGCAGGAUCGGAACUGCCGGAGGUACCGGCGCCGUCAUUGAGUUUUGCGGGUCUGUUAUCCGUAACCUGAGCAUGGAGGCUCGCAUGUCCAUCUGCAACAUGUCCAUCGAGGGUGGUGCCCGCGCUGGUAUGGUUGCCCCUGAUGAGAUCACCUUUGAAUAUCUCAAGGGACGCCCCCUGGCCCCCAAGUAUGGCUCCGAGACCUGGAACCAGGCUGUUGCCUACUGGAAGUCUCUUCAGUCUGAUCCUGGCGCCAAAUACGAUAUUGAUGUCUUUAUUGACGCCAAGGACAUCAUUCCCACCAUUACUUGGGGAACCAGCCCUGAGGAUGUCGUUCCCAUCACCGGAUGUGUCCCUGACCCUGAGACCUUCAGCAGUGAGAGCAAGAAGGCUGCUGGCCGCCGCAUGCUGGAGUACAUGGGCUUGACGGCUGGAACACCAAUGGAGGACAUUCCUGUCGAUAAGGUGUUUAUUGGAUCGUGCACCAACGCCCGAAUUGAGGAUCUGAGGGCCGCUGCCAACGUUGUAAAGGGGCGAAAGGUUGCUGAUAACAUCAGGCGCGCCAUGGUUGUUCCUGGCUCCGGUCUUGUGAAGGCACAGGCUGAGGAGGAGGGCCUUGACCAGAUCUUUGUUGAUGCUGGUUUUGAGUGGAGAGAAGCUGGAUGUAGUAUGUGUCUGGGCAUGAACCCUGACAUUCUGGCCCCCAAGGAACGAUGUGCCAGUACAUCCAACCGAAACUUCGAGGGCCGGCAGGGUGCUCUUAGCCGAACGCACCUCAUGUCUCCUGUCAUGGCAGCUGCUGCCGCUAUUGUUGGUAAGCUUGCCGAUGUUCGCAAGCUAUCACACUACACCCAUCAAUCUGCCUUUAAGCCCCGUGAGCUCCCUGCGGAGGAGCCCCAUGUGGACGAGCGAACCAGGGAUGACUCUGAGGAGCGAGAGAUGAUCGGAGAUCAGCCUCAGGACUCUCAGCCUCACACCAACACUCUGGCCAGCGCUGGAGGUGCUGCUUCUGGUCUGCCUAAGUUUACUAUCUGGAAGGGCACUGCGGCUCCUCUGGACCGAUCCAAUGUUGACACCGACGCCAUCAUUCCCAAGCAGUUCCUCAAGACAAUCAAGCGAACAGGUCUUGGUACCGCACUAUUUUACGAGCUCCGAUACAAGGAGGAUGGGUCUGAGAACCCCGACUUCGUCCUGAACCAAGAGCCUUUCCGACAGGCCAAGACUCUGGUUGUCACUGGACCCAACUUUGGAUGCGGCAGUUCUCGAGAGCACGCCCCUUGGGCCCUUCUGGACUUUGGCAUCAAGUGCAUCAUCGCUCCCUCCUUCGCUGAUAUCUUCUUCAACAACACUUUCAAGAACGGCAUGCUCCCCAUCAGGAUCGAGGACAAGGACAACCUCGAAGCCAUCGCCGCUGAGGCUCGUGCCAACCGCGACAUUGAGAUUGAUCUGCCCAAUCAGCUAAUCAAGAACGCUGACGGAGAGACCAUCUGCUCAUUCGACGUUGAGGAGUUCCGCAAGCACUGCCUAGUCAAUGGUCUCGACGACAUUGGCCUGACCAUGCAGCAGGAGGACAAGAUUGCCGAGUUCGAGCGACGCAUGACACAAAACACCCCAUGGCUCGACGGCACAGGUUACCUGAAGCGUCCCGGACAGGGCGGCAAGCUUGCCGCUAAGGCCGUGCCUGUUCCCAAAACAAAUCGGGGCGAGGAGAAGAAGGAGCCCCUCGAGUGGUGAUUCGGACCAAGCGAUGAGGGAAUGAAGAAAUGAUUUAACGGCGAAGGGAUCUGGGUUUCUGGCAUAUGAUGAUUAGCAUCUGGCUUUUGUGGUUUCAAAUAUUUGCUUGGGUCGAUGGACAAAAAGGAUUGCUGGCUUUGCUGACACUGAAUGCAAAAGCACAAAAGAAUUGGAGUAUAUGUCAACUCGUAACUCCUGAGAAGAUUUAUGAAUCAAAACGAUCACAAUUAAUAGCAACGGAUUGAGACGAAAGCUCUUUUAUAUGAUGUAAAAACCGGUUCCUUCAAAAAACGAUGAUUUGGAACACUCGUGCUAUCUGAUUUAGAGUGUGCUACGAGGUCAAGAAAGCAAUAUUAGUCCCCCUUUUUGAUCUCAUCGCGAAGGAUACCGACGUGCACCACGAAACCGGCCGAAGGUCGCAGUUCUGCGGGCAGUACACUAUCAGAAGCUCUCCAGACAUGAAAUGAAGUUGAAAAUGCCUUUAACCAAGACUCGAAUACUUCGUCACUUCGAAGUUGUUGCCCAAUGACACAGACACACGGCCGUCUUUCUUCAUCAUUAGCAAAGGCCUCAUCAGAGAGUCUUAAACGGCAUGCGUCCGCGCACGCCUGAACGAAGGGGUCUACCAAAGCAUAGUUAUAAACACAGUCACAGGCGACAACGGCGUCAAAGCUACGAGCUUCAUCAGAACCGGUAAGAGACGGGGUUACCUCAUCCGUCUCCCAAUCAAGCGUUGUGAAGCGAAUGUUCGGCUGUGCUGCACCAUGCCCAUGUCCAUGGCCACUUCGUUUCUUCUUGCCUCGACCACUCGUCGGUGUAGACGUCCCCGAGCUAAACGCAGAAGAGAAGUUCUCGUCAAGAUUGCGCUGAACAAGACGCUGCACGUAGGACUGAUCGGUGAGGACAUAGCGUGCUACGCGUGGACCAAGGGCUAGGGCACUCAGGGGGGAAAUGCCACAGCCGAGUUCAAGUAUGGAGGCGUUUGAAUGGAUGGUAUUGGCGAGAAUGGGAUUUGACGGGGAAGAGAGCCACGAGGCGAAGCUGGGAGCUAUCUUCCAUAAGACUGUAUCUCAAGUCAGCCUUUCCUCUUGAGUGACCAUGAGAGGGAAAAAUCUACCAGCUCCUGUUGUUCCACCUGCGCGUGACGAUGACAGAACAGUAGGAGAUUGAUGAACAGUGUAGUCCCGAUCAGCAACAGAAACAUCGACGGAAGCAGCACGGGAGUCGAUGAAGCCAAGAUUCAUGGAAGGGAUAGGCUGUGAAUACAGCAUGAAAGUUUCUAUGCAUUUUUAGUGAGACCUGCAUGAGUGGAAGCAUCUUGUAAGCUGACCUUCUUCUGCGUCUUCGACUUCUGGCUCAAGAUUUGCCAAGAGACUAUUUACAAAGCCCAUUGUGAGAUAUUAUUUAUUCUGAUAAAGCGUGGUAGGGAUUUUGCGUUAUGCUAAAUAGAGCAUCUCGUUGAAAAGGGUUGGUCUAACAUGGAGAUACCGAGAUAGUGUGAAAGCGAUUGAUGUAGCCGAG